ACAACUAUAAUAUCAUAUACAAUGCUCUAUCAACAGGGUUUAACUCGUGAAAGGAGUCUCAAUUGCCUCCCAUUACAAAGGUGGUCUGUGCAGUCUCGACUACCCCGGAUUUGUAACCACGUGACUGCCGAACAGAGUCUUCGAGCGUCAUCGUUUUCAAGCCCUCUUUGUUGCCCUCACAGAAUUGUGGAAUUCCAUGAUAAAGUCGAGAUUUUUCUUUAUUUACCAUCAGUAGCCUAAGAUCGAACUGGGUGGACCACCCAAUUCGUCCCUCUACUUGUGUUAGACAUGUUUCAACCUCCAGUUGGUAAUAUAGAUCUAGAAGCUCUCAGCGGUAUUUGUGGAUCCAUAUCCAUUGCGUGUUGGGUUGUUGUAUUUUCUCCCCAGAUCAUAGAGAAUUUCCGUCGUGGCUCAGCAGAUGGCUUGUCACUCCUCUUUCUUGUUGUCUGGUUAGCGGGCGAUGUAUUCAAUAUCCUCGGGGCUGUCCUGCAAGGCGUUCUGCCGACGAUGAUCAUCCUGGCUGUGUACUACACACUCGCCGAUAUUGUCUUGUUGGGCCAAUGUUUCUACUAUCGAGGAUUCACCCUGAGGGAUGAACCGUCACCACCGAGCUCGCGCCUCCAGGAAUCAGAUGCCGAAGACCAGCCUUCGUUUCCUGGAAAGGUAUCAGAGCGAACAGCUCUACUAUCCGCAAAGGCGAAUGAUCAUUCCUACCAGGCGCAUCUUCAAGAGCACACGGGAAACGGACACUCAACGUCAGGACCGUCCGGUCAACAGUCCUCUCCACACCAUCAAAAUCACAGGAGACACUCCGCAACCUCCUUCAGGGAUAUUCUCCACUCCAACGUGGAUGGAACACACCUCUCUCCCGUGACACCUUUUGUUGAACCAUCAGCGAAGGAGGCGCGUCCUGCGCGCAGAGUCUCCGCCCUCCAAAACGCCCUAUUCAACCUCUCCGCCGUUAUCUUAGUCUGCGCCGCCGGCGUACUUGGCUGGUAUGUCAGCCCUGGAUCAUCAAAAGGUGAAGAUAGGCAGGAUGACAGCGGGUCUCUCUCCUUCGAUACCCUGGGUCAAGUAUUCGGCUACCUAUGUGCAGCCCUGUACCUUGGAUCUCGCCUACCCCAGAUCUUACUCAACUACCGACGGAAGUCCACGGAUGGUGUAUCCCUGUUAUUCUUCCUCUUCGCUUGUAUUGGCAACUUAACUUACGUUCUUUCUAUACUUGCUUACUCCCCGGUCUGCAAGGGGGAGUACGCCCAAGGAAGGGUCAGCCAAUGUCGACCUGGCGAAGCUGCUGCCUUGUAUGGUCGGUAUAUACUUGUGAACUUAUCUUGGUUGAUCGGGAGCUUAGGAACCCUGUUCCUUGAUAUGGUCAUCUUUGCGCAAUUCUUCUUGUAUCAAGAUAAUAAUUACGGCGAGGCUGAGGGAACUAGCGAGGAAACGUUGAGGGGAUGAUUCCGUUCACUCCCACAAGCAGCCAUGCUAUUUCUCUGGUCUUUUUCUAUUUUAUUUUUUUUCUGUCAUCCUUGGUUUUGUCGGUCCUUAU